AUGUGGACCUGGGUACUAUGGAUAUUCCCUUUACUCUUCAAGUUGAGCCUGACAGCUCUUCCAGCUAAGCCUGAGAACAUUUCCUGUGUCUUAUACUAUAAUAAAAAUAUGACUUGUACUUGGAGUCCAGAGAAGGAAAGCAGUCCUACCACAUACACUGUCAAGCUGACAUACUCCUAUGGAAAAUACAAUAGGAUCUGUGAAGCCAACAGCACCACAGGUGCUUCAUGCUACUUUUUAUUUCCAUUGGUAAUACCCCCAGAUAACUGCAGCAUUGAAGUGAAAGCUCAAAAUAAAGAUGGUGUAAUUAAAUCUGAUACCACAUAUUGGUACUUAGAUGACAUAGUGAAAACUGAACCACCUGAGAUUUUAAGUGUGAAACCAGUUUUGGGCAUCAAACGAAUGAUCCAGAUACACUGGAAAACACAUGAAAUAUUUCCUCCUGGGACGUGUUUAGACUAUAUGCUUCGAUACAGGACCAUCAAUAGUACCCACUGGGUAGAAAUCAAGUUCGAGAGCAAUUAUCCGGCCUAUAACCUCACAGACCUGCAAGCUUUCACAGAAUAUGUCAUAGCUCUGAGAUUUAUGACCAUCGAUUCACGAUUUUGGAGUGACUGGAGUCAAGAAAAAGUGGGAAUGACUGAGGAAGAAGCUCCACAUGGCCUGAAUCUGUGGAGAAUCCUGAGACCAGCUGAGAUGGACGGAAUGAGGACAGUGCGGUUGCUAUGGAAGAAGGCAAGAGGAGCACCAGUCCUGGAGAAAAUACUUGGCUACAAUAUAUGGUACUUUCCUGAAAACAAUAUUCAUCACAAUGAAACAAGGAAUACUACUAAUCAACAGCUUGAUCUUCAUCUGAGCAAUGAGACCUAUUGGGUGUUCGUGACUGCUUAUAAUUCUCUUGGGGAGUCUCCGGGCGCCAGGCUGAGGAUUUCUGCUACUCAAGAGAAGCCAUUUCGAUGCAUUGAAGUUGUGCAGGCCUACCGUCUUAAGGAUCAGCUAGUGGUGGAGUGGAAAAGCACUGUUCCAGAAGUCAACAAAUGGAUGAUUGAGUGGUUCCCAGAUUUGAACCCAGAACUCUCUGCCUUUUCCUGGGAGUCUGUGUCUCAAGCCAGAAAUUGGACAAUUGAGCAAGAUAAACUAAAACCUCUCUGGUGCUAUAACAUCUCUGUUUAUCCAAUAUUGCAAGAUCGAGUGGGAGAGCCAUAUUCCAUCCAGACUUAUAGUGAAGAAGGCAUUCCAACAGAAGGUCCAGAGGCCAAAGUGGAGAACAUUGGUGUGAGGACAGCCACGAUCACAUGGAAAGAGAUUCCUAAGAGUCAGAGAAAUGGUUUUAUUAGCAACUACACCAUAUUUUACCAAGCUGAAGGUGGAAAAGAAUUCUCCAAGACAAUGAAUUCUGGCAUCCUGCAGUAUGACCUGAAGUCUCUGACCCGGAAGACCUAUUACACUGUUCGGGUCAUGGCAAGCACCAAAGCUGGGGGGUUCAAUGGGACUGAGAUAAACUUCAAGACAUUCUCCAUCAGUAUCAUGGAGAUUAUCCUCAUAACAUCUCUGGUUGGAGGAGGCCUUCUUAUGCUCAUCAUCCUGACAGUGGCCUCUAAUCUCAAAAAACCAAACAGGUUGACUCACCUAUGUUGUCCCCAUGUCCCCAAUCCUGCAGAAAGCAGUAUAGCCUCAUGGCAUGGAGACAAUCUCAAGGAUAAGCUAAAUCUGAAGGAGUUUGAUGACUCUGUAAACACAGAAGAAGACCAGAUCCUAAAACCAUGUCCUGCCCCCACUGACCUCAUUGACAAGUUAGUGGUGAACUUUGAGAAUUUUUUGGAAGAGAUUUCCACAGAGGAAGCUGGAAAGAGUCAGAAAACCUUUUUGGGAGGAGAAACAAAUGAGUAUGUAACCUCUCCCAACAGGCCUGGCUGUGCCCCAUGGGAAAGUUUUGAGGGCCCUCAGACUUCAACUGAGAUUCCUUCCAGAAAACCACAGGAUACAACAGAGAUCUGCUCUGAAGCCGUAGAGCAACUUUAUUAUUCUGAUCAAAGUUUAGGAUCAAAUCAUGUCAGUGAGGAAGGAACACCAAAUCCGUACUUGAAAAAUUCGGUAACAACCAGAGAAUUUCUUGUGCAUGAAAAAGUUCCAGAACAAAUCAAGGAAGAAUUCUAA